AUGCCCAAGCGUACACGGGACGAGGCGCACAGUGAUUCAAUGAGUGGGUGGUGGGAUAGAUUCGUCACCUAUUUCUUUCGUCUCGCCAAGAAGGCACGUUCAGAAGACGUGACACAUACGGUGGACGAACGGCGUGAAAAGAGCGAGUGCGAACCUUUGGAAGGGGAUGUGAAUGUGAAGGACAGCAGCCCUAUGUGCGAGAGUGUGCAUACGGGCGAGACGCGCGCUCAUACUAAUCUGGACGAGGGUAUGGAGAAAGAGAGGACCAAAGGGCACACUGAAGACGACAAGCAGAAGGAGGUCGACCAAGAGUGUGUGGACGACGACCGGAGCGAGGACGACGACCGGAGCGAGGUUGACGACCAGAGCGAGGUUAACGACCAGAGCGAGGUUAAUGACCAGAGCGAGGUUGACGACCAGAGCGAGGUUGACGACCAGAGCGAGGUUAAUGACCAGAGUGAGGAUGACGACCAGAGUGAGGAUGACGACCAGAACGAGGUUGACAGCCAAAACGAGGACGACCAAGACAGUGGGGAUAGUGCCAGUGACUCGUCUGACUCGUCCAUUGUCAUUGUUGACACCCCUUCUCCCCCCACACCGGCUCAGCCAGCUCCUCGCACUCCCUCAUCCCCUCAAGCUCCCGUGACGACCUCUUCACUGAGCCGAUUUCUGGCAUCGCGUCCACGAUCUAUACCCACCCCACGUCCAUCGCCAUUUCGGCCGCAAUAUGCGCCCACCAAGACUUUGUUCAAGUCGAAGCGAUCUGAUAUACCGCGGCAGCACAGACGCCGCACUCUUUCGUCCAUGAAUCAGCGCCGUAAAGGCCCUUUGGCUAUGGACGAGUUCAAGGCGGGUAUGCGUGCAAAACAACAGGCCCGCAUUGUCUCUAUGAUCCAUGAAUCGUAUCGUGGGAUGCGCCAUGGUAGCAUGCGAUACGAAGAUUUUCAUGCGCUUGUGCGGAAGCGGACGCAUGUCCAGCUGCUGAUGGAUCUCGAGACGUUGCGUAUGCAGCCUCUGACGCCGCCUGUGCUGGACGAGCAGGCGUACACACAACGCACCCUGGAAGCGCUAUCACGGCGCGAAGCGCAUGCCAAAGCGCAGCUUCCGCCACCGAUCGUGCCUACGGAAGCCAAGCUGAGUGCCGCGCGCGAGGCACGGCGCAAGCGACUCGAUAUGCAUGGCGUCUUGGGCCGAGGACCACUUCCGAAGGCACUGCCGCCCGAUGCUGAUGCGGUGGUAUCGGACAUUUGGGAUCGGCGCUCGGGAGUUGUAGCCUCCAUGACCGGUGCACAGGUCGAAGCGCAUGACAUGGCCAAGCUGCGGCCAGGUAAGUGGCUCAAUGAUGAGGUGAUCAACUUUUACGGCCAGCUGCUCAUGCAGCGUUCGAGCCAAGCUGAGGCGAGCGAUUGCUGGCGAAUUCAUGUGUUUUCGUCCUUUUUUUGGCAGAACCUGACAACGCGUGGCUAUGCGGGUGUGCGGCGGUGGUCAAGGCGUGUGGACCUCUUCACCAAGGACCUGAUUCUGCUCCCGAUCAAUGUCGGCCAGGCUCACUGGGUGUGUGCGGCUAUCAAUUUGCGACUGCGCCGUUUUGAGUACUAUGACAGUAUGGGGAUCCCGAGUCCCGGGGUGUUUGCGACGCUGCGCGCCUACAUCUCCGACGAGAUGCGCGACAAGAAACAGCUCGAGAUCGACUUGAGUGACUGGACAGACUACUUCGCCGGUGAGACGUCGCCGCAGCAGCAGAAUGGCUACGACUGCGGCGUAUUUGCUGUCCAAACCCUCGAGCAACUGAGCCGGCGCGAUCCUGCCGUGCCGUACCCACCUAGGGCGCUCGAGGCGAGGCUCUUUACGGCGCCAGCCGAUCCCACUGAGUUGGCCCUGCUGCGGGAGGAGCAUGCCUGUGAGUAUGCGUGGAACUUUGAUCAGCGUGAUAUGCCGUACUUGCGCCGACGCAUGGCAUACGAGAUAUAUACAAAGCAGCUUCUUCCAUAG